UUCGGGAUAUAGUUUUAUGAUGGUCAUACCGUCAUACUAUUUCCAGUAAUGCCAACUGCUGAUGCCGAGUUGUCAAAAAAGGCAAAAUGGCCGAAAGAAAGGAAUAAAGACUCCUUCGAUUUAUAAAGUUAUUUUAUUCAUAUUAUAAUUUACAUUGGGCGAUACAGUUAAAUAAAGUAGCGUCCAAAAUGAGGGAAAUAAAUAUUAAUAUAGAAGGAUACAAUGUGAACGGCAUAUGUGUCGGUUGUUUGAACUAUAAUCGUAAAAUGUUUUAUUGUAAUCAAAUAAAAGAGUGCUUUAAAUUACUUGCAGAUAUCGAUGUGCCCGAUGGUCUCCAAGUCCAACUUUGUUGGGAGUGCCUUGCCGCUGUCCAAGCUUCACUUCGGUUCAGAAACCUCAUUGUUGACUCCUACAAUGUCCUCAUUGAUUACUCUCGGAAGCACACAUUCCUCAACGCUCCAUCGGACCUGUCUGUUCAUGCUCGGCAGAGGCUCAACAUUACUAAGCCAGAGCUCUCCGAGCUGCAGGACCUGGUGCAGAUAGAGGUGGAUGUCAGCGUGAUUAAAGAGGAAGCUAAGGAAGAACUUAUUGAGGAAUCAGAACCAGUGAAACCUGAGACAGACUACUUCGACAACACCGACUUCCCCGACGCUGCAGAGCCGGGAUCCUCAGAGGAUGAUGUACAGUUGUCCAAGCUGAAGAGGAAAAAGGACAGGAAGACCAAGAAAGUGAAGAAGAAGAGAGAGGAACGACAGAGGGCGCAGAAAGUAAAGAUUAAGACUGAUGAAAUAAAAACGGAGAAAGACCAGCAACGCAGCCUCCGCAAGCUGAAGAAUUUGCCGACUGAUCUAGUGGAGUUGUACACCAUGACUGAGGAAGAAAUGUGGGAGGUGAGGGCGGAAGACGUGAGUAGCGCAGAGUUCUGCGCCCUCAAAUACAAGUGUUCGGACUGCGUCAUCGGGUUCAACUCGGAGAGGCUCAUGCAGGACCACAUGCAGGGGAAACAUGUGCCGAAAAGUCCGUCCUGCCACCAGUGCGACGUGUGUCGCGCCUACUUCCUGACGCGCGACAACGUGUCGUCGCACCGCGCGCUGCACGUGUCCGCGUACCGCUGCUGCGCGUGCGGCGCGCGCACGGCGCUCAAGCGCCGCAUGUUGGCGCACGCGCGCACGCACCGCGAGCACGCCGUCACGUGCCACACGUGUGGGGAGCAGUUUAGUACAAAAUCGAAGUUAUCCUAUCACCGAGGAGUGUGUAACCAGGCGAGACCACAGUGUGACUGCUGUGGAAAAGUGUUUGCCAACAAGAUGACCCUCAAGUACCAUCUCAAGAUCCUGCCUCAAAAUAAAGAAGAUAAACCUAAAGAGAAGCUGUACAUAACGUGCAAGGGCUGUGAUAAAGUCUUCCACUCCAAGAAAAGCUAUCGAGCGCAUGUCGUGAUACACGACGGCCUGACUUACCCGUGUCCCAUUUGCGGAAAACUGUUCCAGUGGAAACGGAAUCUGGCGCGCCACACAAGGAACCAUAGAGACCGCGACGCAGGGGCCACGCACGAAUGUCGCGACUGCGGCAAAACGUUCAGCUCUCGAGACUGCUACAACAAUCACAUGAAACUGAGCAAGAGACAUGUUCAAGAGGACGCUUAUGUGCACGAAUGUUCAUACUGCGGGAAGAAAUUCGCAACGAAAUGGUGCAUGGUGGACCACAUAGACUGGGACCAUCUCAAACGGAUCAAGUACCAGUGCAGCGUCUGUUUCAAAGCGUUCAAAACGGCGAAGAUCAUGGUGGCACACAUGAAUAAUAUUCACGAGGGCAAGAAAAACCGUGAGCCGGAGGGCGAACAUCUGUGCGAGAUCUGUGGCAAAUCUUACAAGACGGUUAAGCGACUGAAAGGCCACGUAUGGGCGAUGCACACGAACCGAUCCACAACAAAAAGCUUCAAAUGCAAGCUCUGCCCCGCCACCUUCACCUGGCAGACCUCCAUCUACAAGCACAUCAAGAUGAUGCACGACAAGCGGCCCAAGCUCUGCCCCGCCACCUUCACCUGGCAGACCUCCAUCUACAAGCACAUCAAGAUGAUGCAUGACAAGCGGCCCAAGCUCUGCCCCGCCACCUUCACCUGGCAGACCUCCAUCUACAAGCACAUCAAGAUGAUGCAUGACAAGCGGCCCAAGCUCUGCCCCGCCACCUUCACCUGGCAGACCUCCAUCUACAAGCACAUCAAGAUGAUGCACGACAAGCGGCCCAAGCUCUGCCCCGCCACCUUCACCUGGCAGACCUCCAUCUACAAGCACAUCAAGAUGAUGCACGACAAGCGGCCCAGGCUCUGCCCCGCCACCUUCACCUGGCAGACCUCCAUCUACAAGCACAUCAAGAUGAUGCACGACAAGCGGCCCAAGCUCUGCCCCGCCACCUUCACCUGGCAGACCUCCAUCUACAAGCACAUCAAGAUGAUGCACGACAAGCGGCCCAAGCUCUGCCCCGCCACCUUCACCUGGCAGACCUCCAUCUACAAGCACAUCAAGAUGAUGCACGACAAGCGGCCCAAGCUCUGCCCCGCCACCUUCACCUGGCAGACCUCCAUCUACAAGCACAUCAAGAUGAUGCACGACAAGCGGCCCAAGCUCUGCCCCGCCACCUUCACCUGGCAGACCUCCAUCUACAAGCACAUCAAGAUGAUGCACGACAAGCGGCCCAAGGUAUAUAUCACAAGCUUCACAUGCAAGCUCUGCCCCGCCACCUUCACCUGGCAGACCUCCAUCUACAAGCACAUCAAGAUGAUGCAUGACAAGCGGCCCAAGCAAAUCCGUCCCCUGCCGGCCAAGAAACCAGAGUUUUCCGGCGCCGAGCUCAUCGCGCGCGAGUACUUCCAGCAGCCCGCCGGCCUCGCGCACAUACCCCUACACAACAUAGUCCAGAACAUCGUGUAACACGUAGUGUGUAGAAUAGUGGGGUGUUUCUAUGCGAUUUUGUACUGCGUUUUGAUUCUUCAUUACCAUCACCGCAUUGGCCGUUUUAUAAAAGCAAAGAGGAUAUAAUAUUAUAGAGCGGUACUGUCAUAGUAAAUUUUGUAACCACAGUAAAUUCACUGCCAUCUAUCGACACACUUUAAAACUAAAAAUGAAGAUUUAUAAAAAUACGAUAAAAUGUAUUUAAAUAUGGAUAAUGAUUUUUUUAUUUGCAUUAAUUAUUUUUACGAUUUUGACCCAUGUUCUUUCACUGAUAUGCGUUAAAAUUGUUAAAUAACAAACGAAACCGUCAACGCCCUCUAUACGAGAGUAGGCCAAAGGUACUGGCGCCAACUGAUCGAGAGUCAAAUUUUCGUUAUUUUCGAGGCACGUUUUUUCCUUAGACUAUAUCCAUCUAUUACGGAGUUAUAUCUAUCUUUGAUAAAAGCAAACAGGAUCAUUGUGACACGAAUAGCAGUAGCUGAGUGCUACAAGAUAACCGAAUAUGACUUCACCAUUUAUACACAGUUCGUCAAUAAUGUGGGAAUGGUAAUGAAGCGAUUGGUGCGACUGAAUAAUCGCAUAGAACUACUCAGUGGCUCUGUGAGCUGGACCUCGCGCGUCCCCAUGGUUCCGCCAUUUUGGAAAAAUUCCUAAUGUUGAAUGGACAAAAUAAAUCUGUGUAUUUAUCACGAAAUUUCAUGAGAAUCGGUUGAGAAAUGCGACCUAUAAAGGAGACAUAUCGUGUGCGGCGCGUCAACGUGACGUGACGUGCGGUUUUCUUGCCGAGAUACAAGAAGGCUGACAUUGGGAUGUAGCCGCGCGCGUCACUUGACGUCUUUAGCGGUCAAAGGGUUGACUACAAAAUUAACCAGUGCUCUAAAAUUAUAAUAUAAAUGUAGAAUAUUUAUUUUAAAGCUUUAUUUUUUUACUCUACAGUAAUAAUGUUAGCUUUACUUUAUACAGUAUUUUAUUGCCAUAAUAAUGUACU